GGUAAGCGGGCGGUUCCCCACCCCUCCGUAGAGCGCUGCGGCUGGCCAUGGAGUGAGGCGGCAGCCGGGGCCUGGGGCAGCAGGACGGAGCCGCCGGACUGAGACGCCGCCAGGAGCGGGGCCGUCGCACCCCCUCUCCCAGCAUCCUCCGCGUGGGGCCUCGACCUCCUCCCCCGACUCUCACCGGGGGCUCUGCAGCCUCGGACCUCUUCCCCCAAAUACGAACGUGGGUGCCCCCAACAGCUUUUGCGUGGGGCUUGGCUCUUCGCUCCCGCUCCGAAGACGCACGUUUUGGCAUCUCCCUCAACUUUGCUUCCCCUGCACAGACACUCAGACUCGCCCGUUUCUCCUCCUUCAUUCUCUCCUGCAGUUUUCCAUUUCUGUUUCUUUCCCUCUUCUGCCUUCCCUUCUCCAUUCAUUCCUGAGUGUCUCGGUUUAUACCCAAGUUCCUCCUACAGACGACCUCUGAGCCUGAGUUUUCCUCUUCUUUCCAGACCUUUUAUGCACUUAGGGUUGGUAACAAUUCCAUCUUAGAGUCCUCACUUUUUCUUUGCAAGAAGCGAAAAGCAAAACAAAAACUUGUUUCCUGCACCAGAUCCACAAACGGAAAUUCCUCACUUGCAACGGAGGUCCUUAUUUCUCCUUUGCCUCUGUUGCCCCCACACCAACCAGCGGCUCCCCAGUUUGCAGCAUUCCUGUUUUAUGCUGUGCAGAGGGAAAGACAGCGCCCAUGAGGGAGUACAAAGUCGUGGUUUUAGGGAGUGGGGGGGUGGGUAAGUCGGCCUUGACUGUGCAGUUUGUCACUGGGACGUUCAUUGAGAAAUAUGACCCCACCAUUGAAGACUUCUACCGUAAGGAGAUCGAAGUGGACUGUUCCCCAUCAGUACUUGAAAUCUUGGAUACAGCAGGGACUGAACAGUUUGCUUCCAUGCGAGAUCUGUACAUUAAAAAUGGCCAAGGUUUCAUCCUAGUUUACAGCCUGGUAAACCAACAGUCUUUCCAGGACAUUAAGCCAAUGAGGGACCAAAUUGUCCGUGUGAAGAGAUACGAAAAGGUUCCUCUCAUCCUAGUGGGGAAUAAAGUGGACCUGGAAUCGGAGAGGGAGGUCUUGUCGGCGGAAGGCCGAGCCCUGGCUCAAGAGUGGGGCUGCCCCUUCAUGGAGACGUCUGCCAAGAGCAAGACCAUGGUGGAUGAACUGUUUGCAGAGAUCGUCAGGCAAAUGAACUAUGCAUCCCUGCCUGAAAAGCAAGAUCAGUGUUGUACGACUUGCAUUGUCCAGUGAGAGAGACAGAGAGCAAAACCUCAAUCAUGGCCAUACAGAGCAGAUAAAACUCAGAGGACAUUUGCACAGAUGCUGCUUUGGAGAACUCUUUCAGCCCAGGCUGCAGAACUGAGCCUUGCAAACCCCUCUUUCUCUCUCUUUCUCUCUCUCUCUCUCUCUCUUUAGAGCACAUUUCCAGGCAUCGGCGUGCAAAAGGUUGGCAGCGGCAGCUGUGGAGAACAGUAGGCCUGCAACAGAAUCGCUUAGCAUGUUUACCAUAUGUUUGAAAUCUGUUCUUUAUCUCUUGGUCCUCCUCCUUUUUUAAAAAGAAAAAUAGCUUUCUAAGUUCCUAUUAAUGGCUAAUAUGCAAGCGUUCAUUUUUCUCCCCCCCCCUAAUAUUUUGAUUUCUUUAAUUGAUUUCCAAAACUUGUAUUUAUUAAACUUAACUCAGUAUUACCUACUCAAUGCCUUUUUAAGAGAAAGUUUUAAUG